AUGCUCUCCCCCAAGAUUCUCCUCGCCCUCUGCCUCUCCAUGGGCAUGGCUACUGCUUUGCCUGCGGUCGGCGGUACCAACGAGCUGGACGGCGACUUGUAUAAUUACAAGCGCGGUAGUGCCGAGCUUGACGGUGACCUUUACAACUACAAGAGAGACGGUGCCGAGCUUGAUGGUGACCUCUACAACUAUAAGCGAAGCAAGGCCGAGCUCGACGGAGACUUGUACAACUACAAGCGCAGCAGUGCUGAACUCGACGGCGAUCUCUACAACUACAAGCGUGGUGGCUACAAGCGCGACAGUGCUGAACUGGACGGGGAUCUCUACAACUACAAGCGUGACGGAGCUGAGCUGGAUGGAGACUUGUACAACUACAAGAAGCGCGACGGGGCCGAGCUUGAUGGUGACUUGUACAACUACAAGCGGGAUGGUGCUGAACUUGAUGGUGAUCUCUACAACUACUAG